AUCAAAGAACCUAGUUAAACAGCUAGUUGUAAAGAGCGAGUAAGAAAGACCACGCCAACCAUUAAAACCAAACUUCUUUAAUUUCGGUUUCUGGUCUCUUCAGCUCCUUUCCCAAAUCGCCAUUUUCGGGGAGCUCUCUAUCAAAGCUGAAACUUUACCAGCGAGCUUUCUCUCUCUCCAGUUCUCAUCAUUGACUGGUUUGGUCCAGUUCCAAAAGGUAAACCAUACUCUUUCUUCUUGGCAUGGUUUUCUUUGUUCAAAGGCUAAGAUGUUGUAGCUCACAGCCUCAUUCCUUCAGUUUGGUCAAUUGAGCUUGAUUUAUGAUUUCUCAGUUGAUUUGUUGAUCCGGGUUUUUGAAAAAGCAUAGAUCUUGAUCUUUGAUAGUUGUUUUUUGUUGGGUAAAGUCAAAUCCAAAGUGGGUAUGAACACCACUAACUUUGAAGCGGUGUUCAUUUUUGUUUUUCUUUGUGUGUCCACCACAAUCCAUGUUGUUUUGGCUGCUAAUUAUAUCCCAUCUGAUAAAAUCUUCCUAAAUUGUGGUGGGCCUCCUGAAACCACCGAUUCCAAUGGCCUGAAAUGGACAUCGGAUAAAGGCUCUAAGUUUGCAUCUGGUGCCAACUCCACCACAUCCCCAGCUGCCACUCAAGAUCCUGCAGUCCCUGAAGUUCCUUUCAUGACUGCUAGGGUCUUCCGUUCUGAGUAUACCUAUAAAUUUCCAGUUGCCUCGGGUCGAAAAUUUAUCCGUCUUUACUUCUACCCUGCUUCCUAUGCGGGGCUCAAUGCUUCUAAUGCUAUUUUUACUGUCACUGCUCAGUCCUAUACUCUCCUUAAGAACUUCAGUGUUGCUCAAACAACAGAGGCUUUGGAUUAUGUUUUUAUUACCAAGGAGUUUUCGGUCAAUGUCGAAGGUGAGACAUUGAACAUUUCAUUUGCACCCUCUUCCAGCGUUGCGGACGCAUAUGCGUUUGUGAAUGGGAUUGAGAUUGUGUCAAUGCCUGAUAUUUACAGCGCUGCUGAUGGUACCAUGAUUGUGGGUCAAUCGAGUCCUUUCUUCAUUGAUAACAGCACUGCCCUUGAGAAUGUUUAUCGGAUAAACGUGGGUGGUAAGGAUAUCUCACCGCCAGGUGAUACGGGUCUCUUUAGGUCCUGGUAUGAUGACACCCAAUAUCUCUUAGGGGCAGCAUUUGGGGUUCCUGAAACUGCUGAUCCAAACAUGACAGUUAAGUACCCUAAGAACAUGCCUACUUAUAUUGCACCAGAGGAUGUCUAUACCACUGCCAGAUCAAUGGGGCCAAAUGCUAAGAUCAACCUCAAUUACAAUUUGACUUGGAUAUUCUCAAUCGAUUCUGGAUUCUCUUACCUGGUUCGGCUACAUUUCUGUGAGGUUGCCCAAAUUUUAACCAAGGUUAAUCAAAGAGUGUUCGAUAUCUUUCUCAACAAUCAAACUGCUGAGUCUGCGGCUGAUGUUGUUGCCUGGGCUGGAGGCAAUGGAAUUCCAGUGUACAGGGAUUAUGUGGUGUUGGUUCCAAAGGGAAGCCCACAGGUGGAUCUAUGGCUUGAACUGCAUCCAGACACUUCUGCUAAGCCAAAUUACUAUGAUGCAAUCCUAAACGGAGUUGAGAUAUUCAAGAUUAAUGAUACAACUGGUAACCUCGGAGGGCCUAAUCUUAUUCCUCUUCCGAAGCAGGAUACCAUUGACCCAACUAAGGUUAGAUCAUCAUCAGGUCAUGGCAAGGCUAAGAGUGAUCACAAAGCAGUUAUUGCUGGGGGAGUUAGUGGUGGAAUUGUUUUGGCCCUUGUCCUUGGUUUCUUUGCUAUUUGUGUGGCACGCCACCGUAGACAUGGGAAGGACUCAAGUACAAGCGAAGGGCCAUCUGGGUGGCUCCCUCUGUCUUUAUAUGGAAAUUCACAGUCUGCAGUUUCUGCAAAGACAAACACAACAGGAAGUUACACGUCCUCCCUUCCUUCAAACCUUUGUCGCCAUUUCUCGUUUGCUGAGAUCAAAUCUGCCACCAAAAACUUUGAUGAGGUGCUACUGCUUGGGGUGGGAGGUUUUGGCAAGGUUUACAAGGGUGAAAUCGAUGGUGGAGCAACCCAAGUAGCAAUCAAGCGUGGAAACCCACUCUCUGAGCAAGGUGUGCAUGAAUUCCAAACUGAGAUUGAAAUGCUCUCAAAGCUUCGCCAUCGUCAUCUUGUUUCUCUGAUUGGCUACUGUGAAGAAAACUGUGAAAUGAUCCUUGUUUAUGACUACAUGGCUUAUGGAACCCUGCGUGAGCAUCUGUACAAGACCCAAAAGCCCCCUCUACCCUGGAAGCAAAGGCUUGAGAUUUGUAUUGGAGCUGCUCGUGGUUUACACUAUCUUCACACUGGUGCCAAGCACACCAUCAUCCACCGCGAUGUAAAAACAACUAAUAUUCUUUUAGACGAGAAGUGGGUUGCGAAGGUUUCGGAUUUUGGGCUGUCAAAAACAGGUCCUACAUUGGACAACACACACGUCAGCACAGUUGUAAAAGGCAGCUUUGGGUAUUUGGAUCCAGAGUACUUUAGGCGGCAACAACUGACAGAAAAAUCUGAUGUCUACUCAUUUGGGGUUGUUCUAUUUGAGAUCUUAUGUGCUCGUCCAGCCUUGAACCCGUCACUUCCAAAGGAGCAAGUGAGCUUAGCAGAGUGGGCUGCACAUUGCCACAAGAAGGGCAGUCUCGAUCAUAUCCUUGACCCUUAUCUCAAGGGGAAGAUAACACCAGAAUGCUUCAAGAAGUUUGCUGAGACAGCAAUGAAAUGUGUGUCAGAUCAAAGCAUUGACAGGCCAUCAAUGGGAGAUGUGCUUUGGAACCUUGAGUUUGCUUUGCAGCUACAGGAGAGUGCUGAGGAGAGUGGCAAGGGUAUUGGUGCAAUGGAACUUGAGGAAGAGCCGUUCAUGGCCUGCAAAGGGAAGAAGUACCCUGAUGCAGUGCCUGCCUUUGAUGGUAAUGUGACAGACUCAAGGAGCAGCGGGAUGAGCAUGAGCAUAGGUGGCCGGAGCCUAGCUAGCGAUGACUCUGAUGGAUUGACACCAAGUGCUGUGUUCUCACAGAUCAUGAACCCUAAAGGACGUUAAGAAGAUUGAAGAUAUGGCUCCUCCCUUAAUCAAUCAGGCAAUGAAGUUUGCUGUAUUUCUUUUUCCAACUUUUCAUUCAUUUAAGUUACUGUUAUUUUCUAGUGUUAUUCGAGUCUUCCAAUAUGAUUUGAUCACGUUUAGUUGUAAUUUUGUAUCUAUAGUUACAUGAAGAGUUUGAAAAUAAUGUUUCCUACUUCUACUUGCUUUGGUUUAGACGAUUGUUGAUUUGGCUUCUAUAUAUUCUUAUCCUUUGGUA